UGAACCAUGCAGGGUGUGGACUUUUAACCGAUCUACAAGACGAGAUGAAGUAGUUUGGGAUGUUAUACUGCAACAAUACGCUCUUUUAAAUAAUCCGCGUGGUUUGUGUUGCAACAGAGACGCUCAGCAGCUGGAAACAUGUCUUUUUCUACCGAUAAACAGAAAACAAAAUUGUACCCAGUGACCAAGAAAGUUGAGGAAAUACUGGCCAUGAAGUUGUUUUUCACGGAGCUGAAUACGACCGCUACGUGUCUCAUCUGCAGACAGACAGUAUUAUAUAGGGAGUUUAAUAUGAAGCGACAUUACACUGCGAAACACGCAAAGCAGUAUAAUAAAUACAAUGGGGAAGAGAGGACGGCAGUGUCCGAUCAGCUUCUUGCAGACUUCAACCGAUCCAAAGAGCCUCCAGCAGACCCCGAUGUGAGAAGAGACUCGCUACCUGACCAGAGACCCCCAGACAUGCCGAGUCUAAAGCUGAUCUCUGCUACCGACACGCAGUAUUCAGCGGCCGUGCUGAAGUCCAUGAACGAGCAGCGAAACCAUGGAUUGUUUUGUGAUGUCACCAUUAUCAUACAGGACAAGAAAUUCAGAGCUCACAAGACAGUCCUGUCGGCCUCGAGCACAUACUUCCACCAGCUCUUCAGCGUCGCUGGACAAGUGAUCGAGUUAAACUUCAUCAGAGCAGAAAUCUUUGAGGAGAUCCUCAAUUACAUUUACAGCGCCAAGAUCAUCCGUGUCCGCUCCGACAUGCUUGAAGAGCUCAUAAACGCGGGACAGAUACUGGGAGUCAAGUUCAUUGCAAACUUGGGGUCUCCGUUGUCGCAAGUGAAGGGUCUGCCUGGUUUGUCUAAGGAGACGGAAAGCAAAAGUGACACCCCCACGGAGAUGAUGCCGAUCAUCACAGAGUCUUUCUCGAUAUCUGCUGAGGAAUUCAAUCAGACGAGCAAACCCGCGGGGAACGACGAGGACUCAGACAGCGAUGUUAUGUUUGUAUCACAAACUGAUGCUCAAAGCAGAGCAACCAAACAGAAAACCGGCCCUGGCGAUGUCAUCGUUUUGGAUUCGGCUAAUUCACAAAAUGUAGCGUCAAAGAAAACUGAAGAGUCAAAUAAUGCAGUUGCGAAACAAGCGGAGAAAGCCCAAGCCCCCGUGAAAACAAACGCUCCAAAGCCCCCCAGCAUCAGCUGUCCGAACCCAAGUUUGCUCAACAGCAGCCCCCUGCGAAGCCCCGACAGCAGCUCCAAUAACUCGUCUUCCCCCGCCAGAGUUUCCUCAGGAAGUGCUCCCACAACUCCAGCCAGGUCAAGCAGUUUCACACCCGAACCCUCAAGUGCCUCUCAGUCCUCUGAAAGCAGCGAUAUAAUGGGAGUCCACAAGAAGCAAGUCUCUACUUCAACUCAGAAAGGGGAUUUCAAAAUAAUGCUCUUAGACGUGUCCGACGGCUCCGCAAAUCAAACUAACAUUCCCAAAACAGCCGUGGCCGCGAAAAAGACAGUGACGCUCAAUACAGCCACAGAGAUUGAUUCAAUUUCAUCAGGCUGUAAAGUGUACGCUAAUAUUGGAGAAAAUACUUAUGACAUUGUCCCGGUGAAGGAAGAUCCAGGUGAAGGAGGCUCUAAAGCCAAUAAAGGGAAGAGGUCGUUAAUGGCAACACCUCUGAAAUCCUUAAAUAAACCGCCCAUGUCUCCGAAGACCAGCCCCAACAAGAAGAGGACCAAAACGGAGCUUGAGGACCACUACGAGCUGAUCAUGGACGGGAAGACUUUCUACGUGUGCAUCGUCUGCAAGCGGCCCUACGUGUGUCUGACGAGUCUCCGCCGCCACUUCAACACCCACUCGUGGGAAAAGAAGUACCCGUGUCGCUACUGUAACAAGGUCUUCGCUCUGGCCGAGUACAGAACUAAACACGAAAUCCACCACACGGGGGAGAGGAGGUACCAGUGCUUGGUGUGCAACGAGAUGUUCAUGAACUACCAGUUACUGUCCACCCACUGCAAGCAAGUCCACAACCAGGACCCCAGCGGGAGGAAGGAGAAAGACGACGCCGACAACAACUUAUACCGACUGCUGCCGUGUAAAACGGUGCAGAUGAAGCCGUACUCAUGGACUACAGACGGGCAGGGGGUCCCGGUCAUAUCCGAGGAUGGCAGCGUGCAUCACAUUACCACGGCGGGCGAGGGCGUCCACUCUUCCACCCAGACCAGGAUGUUGAACUGGGACGACAUCUUUGUCGAGCCUGAUGCUCACAUGCCUCCCGAUGAUCACGCCAGACCCGUGUCGACCGUGAACACUCCUCCACAGGGAGCCACAGAGUUUGACUUUGUUAUACCAGAGACCUACUGAGCAGCACUCACUGCUCCAUUACCUGUGCCUUUUAGGUACCCCCCCACCACCACCACCACCACCCUUAUUCCUUUUGGUUCCAUGUCAACAAUAUUCUUCUGUAAUUCUCGAUACUGUCUGCAUAAGGCACGGUCACAUUAGCCUUUCUGUUUUACAGUAACGUGUUGUGUAAUGUUCUAAUCAUGGUGAACUGCAAACAAACGCUUCCACUGAAUUGAAAGGCGGGACAGAAGUGUAAUGUGACCAUACCUUAGACUCUGCUUGUCUAAUAGCCUUGAUCUUUUUUAUCAUUGGAAUAAAUGAUACUCACGUUAGCAAAACAAACAUAGCAGUGGUUCACACGCAGUCAAAUAUAUAAUUAGUUUAUAUGGAAAAUAACAAUUCAAUGCAGGAAACAAAAACUGCUUGAGGAAAAUAAAAGAGAGGGGUGUUCGGUUUUAAAUCAAUAGUUGUAAUAAAAGACAAGAAUCAUGUAUAUUUAAGUUGUCACUGUAUGAGGCGAGUUGUAGCUGUUGUAGACCCGAUAGCGCAGGCCUCGGAAAAUGGCGCACAGAGGCAUGUACGCUCAACGCGUUGUACGCUGCAGUAAUUUUCCAAUACACCAGUGGACAAACAAACAAAACAUUCAGUUAAAAAGCAAGAACAGAGUGUUUAGCAGAGGAACUACGCUGCCCUACAGCUCCUCAAUGCUGAGGAUGCAUUGAUCUGUUCAUCAGAUAGGACCAAAAGCGACGCCAGUGAUCAGAACCUCUUUAUCAAACAGUGUUUGAGAAAUGUAUAAAUAAUAGAUGAGCAACAGACAAACAUUGUGAAUACAAAAACCUAAUAUUGUUGACACGUGUUGUAAAUCUAAAAGAAAAAACAAAUGCUACAUACAUAAGAGCAGCUGCCCCUGUAGAAGAGUCAUGUAAAGACGGGGUUUCCGUUGUGACCACUUGUGCCGGGGACACGGCGUCACGCAUAAACAUAGCCCAGUGAUGAUAUCUAAUUUCCUGUUGCUCUAAAGCCACAAAAUUCUGCGUCAACCAGAUUAUUUCAGCUGAAGGAUCUGAAGCACAAAGGGUGACAUUUAGCAGCCCAGUGAGCUCCAGUUCAUAAAACAGAAAUGGGGUUACCUAUUUAAGAAUGUGAAACCUCAGCUGUAACCAGGACAACGUCCUAUAGUGAAAUAAAACAAGGUUGCUUGAGUUUUAAAUCCACCAUCAGAUGCAUCAAUCAUGGAGGAUCAGACGGGAGUUUUUUCUGGACUGAUUUCUCCAUUUGAGAAGUUUUAAUCCUGUACAAGAGAAUGUUAAUUAUGAUCUGAAAUAUAUUUUUUCAUUAUGUGAUUGUUGGUGAUCCCACAUGUGGGUAUUGUGGCAGGGACGAUAUAUAAUGGUUAUUUGGUUUCUCAGUGGCUGGAAAAACAGCUAUGGUUUAUUUUUUGUCCAUUAAACACCUUUUGUUUUAUUUUGAUACAUCUGUAUAUUUUUAUUUGCUAUGGUUGCCAUGUUAUUGAUCUCCAGUGCAGGCUGCAGAUUUUGCUUACAAAUGUGAUAAACUGAGGGUUAUUUCAGUCAGUACAUAUAGCACUUAGCAUUGGAUCUUUUUGUAAUGUUUUUACUUUUCCACUUUUUUUCCCAUUGUGUCAAAAAGUAGUGAUUGUCAGUGAGUAAAAAAAAAAAAAAGUAGUGCUAAUAUGGAAAUCUAUUCUGUUUAUUCAAUAAAAUCAUCCAGGAUGCAGGUUUUGUUUUUUUAAUUAACAGAUUAACAUUGGUGUGUGAUGUACAGUAUAUUUCUGUUCAUUUUUUUCACUAUUUCAGAUGUAUUUAUUAGGUUUAUAGCGGUAGACAAAAUGAAAUAGUUAUAAAAUACCCUGUUGACAUUGUACAAAGUAUCCUUUUUCUGUCAGUUAGCAAUAAGGGG